AUGACGCAGACAGACAUAGAUACGUCGGGCUUUCCGACAGGGUACUUCGUCGUGUGCUCCAUAGGAUCGAACAGACUGCUAGAUGUAACCAUGGAUGACAUCGAGGACGGGACGGAGAUCGCUCUGUGGCCUGAGAAGGAGAAAUCGCUGGUCGAAAGUUUCCGAGACCCCGACACCAACAACCAGGUUUUCUUCAUCGACACCGCUGGUGCUCUCUGCUCUCGGUCGGCGGGCCAUGCGAUCGAUGUCGAAGGCGACCGUCUUGUCCUGCGUCACAGACGACCCGUCUCCUUUCCAUUCCCCAACUCGUAUGCACACCCUCUCCCCAAGUUCUCCUACUCUGCCAAAACAGGCGAGAUAAGCGUUCACUUCGCCUGCGAUCCCGCCUACCCCGGCCCCGAAACGGCUCCUUCAACUGCCUGGCAAGGUAAAACCUACCUGCUCACCUCGGUUCCUAAACGAAAACCGAGGACCAUCAUUGAUGAUGCGUCAGCCUUCAUUGCCUCGAACAUCCUAACGCCCAUCUCCUUCCUCACGGGAACCCAGGCGCCAGCGCAGGCCCAGCCUGACGAGGUCUUCGGCGCCGAUAUAGACCUCAAUGAAGAUGAGCUUGUGGAGGAGGAGAGAAGUGAAGAGGCAGAAAUAGACAACGACCCCGAGCUUGCAAGGAAAGUAAGGAUCGUCACUGCGCCCACUGCAGAAAAGGACAUGCUGGACCUGUUGUUGUCCGAGAAAGCAAGGAAUAGACGGAGGUGGGUUAUCUCUCCGUUGAGAACCACGAAUGCGAAGACACCAUCGUAA